AAAUAAGGUAUACAUUUUUUGAUAACAAAAGAAGGUUAUUAGGCCAAGUGCGUAGACAUUUUCGUAAUGGGCAGGCGGUACUCGAAUAGGUACCAAUAAAAAGAUUGAGAACUAUUAUUCUAGUGUACAUUGGAUUUAGAUAAUAAUAUAAUAAUAGUAUUGUAAUGAUGCCCAGGGCCUCGCAAAACCUGGGAACGGCACUGUAAAUACCUAUAUAUCAUACUUUGGUAUUUAUUGUGCUAUAGUUAUUACUAAUUUUAAUACCGCAGUUUUUCGUACCUUUUUUAUCUGCAGUAUAAAUAAUUACAUAAAAGAUGAUUAACAAAUCGAAAAUAUGAGUAAUAUAAGUGUUGGGAGUCAACUACACCUGAGUGGCAGGAGAAUACGUGGGCUGGCGGGCGUACCUUUAUAGAGAACAAUUUAUUUCGAUUCGUUUAGGUAUUGUUAAGUGAAUUGUUCAAAUACUACGACUAGGGAUAGAAAUAAAUAUUUAAGUAUUAUUUUCAAAAAUGUCUCAAUUAGAUAAAAUCGUAGCAGCGUAUCGUAUAGCUACUCAAUAUCCGGAAUUAAUAUCUGCUAGAAUACAUGAUUGCUCAAAAGCUCAUGUUAGCGUUCAUUCUGUUUGGGUUCAAAGGGUAUUGGAGAGGCAAGCUAAAACCAGGUUCCGGCAAACUGUCUUUUCAGAUUAUAAGACUUAUACUUUAACGUCACCACCAACUGAUAUAACAGACGAGUUGAUAAGCGCGCACUCAAAAUCAACCAAGUAUUUUUGUGUGGUUAGAGAAAUCGAAUCUGGAAAGGAUAUCAAACAGUACUUAGAAGUAUGGGCUGAUUGUUCUCUAGCGAAAAAUUAUGACUUGAGCGCUUUAGAUGUGCACGGAAAAAUUUAUGCUGAUGCUGAAUUUGGAAUUUUGGAGUGGUCUCCUGAUGAAACAAAAAUUGUUUACAUUGCUGAGAAAAAAGUCCCAAAGUCAGAACCAUUUUAUAAACAAAAACCAAAAGCGUCGGCUGAUAAAGAUGGUGUGGAUAAUAGUGACACUGUGCCGGGUAAAGAAUAUGAUUGGAGCCAAGAUUGGGGUGAAGAGUUGGUUGGAAAGAUUAUUCCAGUUUUAGUGGUAUGCGAUAUAAAAACAGAUACUAUAGAAGUUCUUUCAAAUAUUCCAAAUGAUGUUAAUCCAGCUGCUGCAACAUGGACACCUGAUGGUAAAGGAGUCGUUGCAAUCGGAUAUACAAUAACACCUCGUAAAUUGGGUACUAAUAGUCUCAGCCAUGUAUUUUCCCUCACAUUAAGUGGCCAAUAUAACGUAUUGAGUUCCAAUUCUGAACAAUUGUCUGUGAAAACUCCCAGGUUCAAUUUGAAUGGCACAAAGCUUGUGUGGUUAGCGGGUGGACCACAUUAUUCAUGCUUUAAACUGAUGUCUUGUAAUUGGUCUACAAAAGAGAUUACUACGGUUGUUGAUUUUGACAAUAAAAUACUACAAAUCAACCAUGAACAAUUACCGUUCUAUGGCCUACAUAAUCGAAGAAUACCAAGUAGAAGUUGGCUGAAUGAUGACAAAACUAUUGUGUUAAGCACUCCUCAAGGUGGUUCAAUACAUACGUUUGCUAUUGAUACUGGUAAUAGUUGUACUACUUAUAUAAAUGAUACUUAUGUAAUGUCUCCUCCUCACCUAUCGCUCUUAUCACUCUUUCAGUAUCGUUCUGUUUAUAUUAACGAGGUCUCGGAGACUCGACCUCGGUGUGUGAUAUUAUUACUAGGGAUCAGGGUUGCCUUAUGUGAAACAAAGUUCUCAACGUAUAUAAUAUACUAUAUAUAUUAUAUAUUAUAUAUAUAUAUGUGUAUAUAUUAUUAAACAUGAAUGUAUUAUUAUAUUAUUAGGUAAUACUUAUAAAUUAUAACUCAGGGUUACCAAUCGGGCCAUGGUGUAUCCUGGGUGUCGAUGUCCAAAUGUGGAUUGAGCUGGUCGUCCACAGGUCCUCUUCAGGUCGUUGUCAGCCAUCGAUUUCCACUCGCGGUCUUGGAUCCAAAGGGUUCUAUAUCAAUAUUUUAUUAUUUUUUGAUUACCAAAUUUCUUCUCAAUUAACUGUUGAAAUAAUAUAAAUUCUGAUUUAAUUUAAAAGGUUUUGAUAAUUUAUAUGUCCAAAUUAAAUAAUUAUAACCUGAACAAUAUUUAAACACAUUCAAAUUGGCUUUUCUGAAAAAUUUCAAAUUUACACAUAGAACCUUUUGGAUACAAACCCGCGCACUAUCGACCAUCCACUCUCGAAUCUUGACUCUCGACCAUUGGACUAUUGACUAUUGACUAUUGACUGCUUCUACCCAAGCCCGGAUUAAGGAUCAAUAGGGCCCCGGGACACCAUACACUUAGUGGGCCCCCUUUCCACUUUAAGUUUAAAAAGACGACGUAAAUA